AGAGUAAGGGAGAAGGAGGAGGAGGAGGAGGAGAGAGGAGGAGUAACGCGGUGCUGCGGAGCGAGAAGCCCUAAGUCAGCCCUGCCUACCUCGCCACAGCCGCCGCCAACCCUCCCUUCACCAACCCCGCGCGCCCGAGAGCUUCGAGUGCGCCGGCCGCACCCGCCCCUUCGGAGCCUCGGAGCGCCGCCGCCGCCGCCUGCUAUGUAGGCUGCGCUGACCGGGGGCACGGAUCCGGAGGCCGCAGCGCACCUCAGGUUUCGCCGGGGGUCUCGGCGGCGUCGACUGUACGAGGAGGAGGGCGUCGGCGAGGACAACAGCGCGGCUGCCAGCCCCGGGGGCCCCCGCAGGCGGGAUGUUCUCCAAGAAGCCUCACGGCGAUGUGCGGAAAUCCACGCAGAAGGUGCUGGACACCCGCAAGGACCCGCUCACCCGUCUCAAGCACUUGCGCGUCGUUAUCGAGAAUGCAGAAUCUAUCGAUCUUAAGCAGUUUUUUGACCUACAUUUUUCACAUAUAUAUUACAUCUUCUUUGAAAAUUUUGUGACUAUUGAAAUUAGUCUUAAACAGAAAGGUCACAAGUCACAGAGAGAAGAACUAGAUGCAAUACUUUUUAUUUUUGAGAAAAUUUUACAACUUCUUCCAGAAAGAAUUCAUCAAAGAUGGCAGUUUCACAGUAUUGGAUUGAUUUUAAAGAAAUUACUUCACACUGGGAAUUCUUUAAAGAUUCGUCGUGAGGGUGUACGUCUCUUCCUCUUGUGGUUGCAAGCACUUCAAAAUAAUUGUAGCAAAGAGCAGCUAUGUAUGUUUUCUUGUUUAAUUCCUGGAUUUCCAUCACCACAGUCUGAACACGGGCCUCGAACACUAGAUAAUCUCAUUAAUCCUGUGCUCAGUGUUCAAGAAACACAAGUGACUGUAGAAGAAAUCACUCCACUUGUCCCCCCACAAUCAGGAGAUAAAGGACAGGAUGAUCUAACAAGCUAUUUUUUAGAAGCACUUUUGAAAUACAUAGUAAUUCAGGUCAAAAGCCUGGAAUGGAAGAACAAAGAAAACCAAGAAAAGGGAUUUUCAUUCUUAUUUUCACAUUUUAAGAAAUACUACUUGCCUUAUAUUUUCCCAAACAUGUGUAAGGAGAGCAGCUUGUAUAACCCUGUACUUGAGAUACCACAGAUGAGACCAAAGCCACAUUAUGUAAUGAUAAAGAAAGAUGCUGAAACCAAUGAAGCAAUAUAUUGCACAAAGGAACCCUUCCUUAAGGCCCGGGUUAUUGUCAUCCGAUGGUUGGUGUCUUUCUGGCUUGAGCCAAAACCUCACGCAGGACCUCAGAUUCCUGGAAUGGAGGGUGAAACUGUGCCAAAGAAUAUUCAGAGAGCAGCUGCUAGCCUGGUUUCUAGAGAAGACAGCAAAAACGACAGUAGUGACAGACCUGAUAGAAAUGCAGAGCCAGAACAGUCUCAUUCCAACACAAGCACACUAACUGAAAGAGAACCUAGUUCCUCCAGUCUUUGCAGUAUUGAUGAAGAACAUCUAACGGAUAUUGAAAUAGUUCGCAAAGUGUUUUCUUCAAAGAGAAGUAACGUUAAUUUUCUUACAGAAAUCUUUCGUCAGGCAUUUUUACUGCCAAUAUGUGAAGCAGCAGCUAUGAGGAAGGUGGUAAAAGUAUAUCAGGAGUGGAUCCAACAAGAAGAGAAGCCCUUAUUUAUGAAAGAACCAGAAGAAGUUGUGUCAUCCAGUAUAGACUGUGAUGAAAAUAUUACAGAACAUAAUUCAUCAGAGAAGGGAAAAGAAAGGGAGGAGGAAAUCAUGGGUAAUUCUGGUCCUGUUCGAAAUCCAAGCUGGACAAAAAAUGGUUGUUAUCAGGAGAUUCCCCAUAAAAUAGCUGACUUGGAUGUCAUAGAACAAGGUAUACGAGCUGGGGUCCAAGCAGUACUGCAGGUUUUCAUAACAAAUUCCUCAAAUAUAUUUCUUCUUGAGCCAGCAAAUGAGAUUAAAACACUGCUGGAUGAACAUACGGAUAUGUGUAAACGCAUUCUUAAUAUCUACCGUUACAUGGUAGUGCAAGUUACCAUGGACAAGAAGACUUGGGAACAGAUGCUGCUUGUGCUGCUCAGGGUCACAGAAUCGGUACUGAAAAUACCAUCUCAAAUUUUUCUGCAGUAUCAAGGAAGGAAGAAUUCAACAUUAGCAGGAAGGCUUGCUGGACCUCUUUUCCAGACUCUCAUAGUAGCUUGGAUCAAGGCAAAUCUAAAUGUGUACAUCUCCCGAGAACUUUGGGAUGACCUUUUGUCAGUAUUGUCAUCAUUGACAUAUUGGGAAGAGCUGGCCACAGAGUGGUCACUGACUAUGGAGACUCUAACAAAAGUAUUAGCUAGAAACUUAUACAGCUUGGAUCUCAGUGACCUCCCACUGGAUAAACUAAGUGAACAGAAACAAAAGAAACAUAAAGGCAAAGGAGUUGGGCAUGAGUUUCAAAAGACAUCUGUUGAUAAGUCGUUUUCAAGAGGCUGGAGCCGUGAUCAGCCUGGACAAGCCCCAAUGAGACAGCGCAGUGCAACAACUACUGGAUCUCCAGGAACAGAAAAGGCCAGAAGUAUUGUGCGACAAAAAACAGUUGCCAUGAGAAGCCGAUCCAUUGGUGAAUGUGCUCUGCCAUCGGCCUAUAUACGCAGUGCUAAAAGUGCUCCUGUUCUGAUCCAUACUUCCAAACCCUUCUUGCCUGAUAUUGUUCUCACUCCCCUUUCUGAUGAGCUUUCAGACAUGGAUGAUGCUCAAAUCCUCCCACGCCCACCUCGCGUCAGACAUUUUUCACAGAGUGAGGAAACGCCCAGUGAAGUUUUUGAUGCAUUGAAUGAGGAGCAGACACUUCCACGAAGUAGCAGCACAUCUGACAUCCUGGAACCAUUCACAGUUGAGCGAGUCAAAGGUGCAGUUCCUGUCAUUGACGAUUCAUCCCAUCAUGCUCCAAGCUUACAGAGUUCCACAGAGGCCUCUUCAAUAUGUAGAUCCACUGAAAGUCAUGUUACUGAUACAAAUAGCAGAGAGUCCUCUCUGGAAGUUGGGGAUAGUAUUUAUGACCAUCUCUGUCAUUUGGUAGGCCCAGUAGAACUUGCAGAUACAGCCUUUGAACAAAACCAGUAUGUUGACCUUGAAGGUGAAGAUGAUCUUCUUUCCUCUCUGAGAGAAUAUCUUAAGGAAAACGAAGAACUUUGCAGUAGCAUUGAGAUAGAUAAGCAUGAGCCUUCUUCUCAUGAAGUUGAUGCAGGAAUAAGUAGGAAUGAUAAAUUGCCAUUGGAUGGAGUAGAGCAUACAGACCAGACUGUUACAUGUGCAAGUAGUACCACUGUGGCAGAAAGUGCCGAUAAUGCAGAACUGCAAUUGGAGCAAAACCAAAGUGGCUUUAUAAGUAAUAUUGCACCUACACAAGUAGACAGUUCUACAGGAAGCCAAGCUGAUAAAGCUAAACAUUUAAACAUUGAUAAGCCCAUCCAAAAUCUGCCUGAUCCCAGGUCAAGUAGCCCUAGAGAAAAGGAAACGAAGAGGUAUUUGUUGAGACAAAUUGCCACUGAUGUAGAUGUAUCUGUGGAAGCAGUGCUAGCUGAAAAGCAUAGAAGUGCCCUCUUUAAUGAAAAAAUAACCAACACAAGUGUUAUGCAUGCAAAGAAAAUGCCACAUAAAGCCUUAGUUAACCCUGAAAUGCUUCACAUUACUGGCAUGAGCAAACUGUCACCGACUAAGAGAAGCAUAUCUGAAACGGUAACCCAUAAGGCUAAAAUAAUGAAAAUAGCAGCUAAAAAGCGAAACAGUGUCCAUGUUACUUUUAGGCCAUCUACUGAAUCAGUUCAGUUUUAUAAUCCUCUAGAAAACAAGGAGGCCCCCUGGAAAGCAAGACUUCGUAAACUCAGUGGUUUCAGUAGCGGGAGCAGUAGCAACAGCAGCAGCAGCAGCAGCAGCAACACAAGCACCAGCUCAUCCACAAUGGCUGUGCUGGUCAAACCUGGAAUAUAUAGGCCUCUAGAUACAGCCGGUACAACUUCUGCUUAUAGUAGGCAAAUUAAAGAAUCAGGAGAUGUUCCAGCAUUCAUGUUGCAGAAGGAAAAUAUUGGAAUAAAUCAAAUGUCAAACCGUAGCCCACCUAAGCCACCGAGUCAGGAGUCGGGACAACAGCAGGGCUCCCUGGGUGGUGUUUAUAAAUCUGUUGUACAUGCUCUUUCGAAGCCGAAGGCAAAUGUUUCCCCACAGAGGCAGAGCAGAGUGCCAGCAGAGGCUCCACUGAGGGAUCUGUACAGUCAUGUAAUGGGCUAUUUUGGAAAGAAAGCUGCAGCCAAUAGAGAGGAUAUGAGCCCAAAGCAGAACCCUCUUGGUAGUGAUAAUGGCAGUAGUAAUGCAAAUAUUCCUGACCUCAUGGAUGAGUUUAUAGCUGAAAGACUGCGCAGUGGUAGUGCUCUGAAUGUGACCAGAAGAGGGAGCAGUCCAGGAAGCUUAGAAGUUCCAAAAGACCUUCCCGAUAUACUGAACAAGCAGAGCCAAAUGCGCCCUGCAGAUGACCCAGGUGUGCCUUCUGAGUGGACAUCUCCUGCGAGUGCAGGCAGCAGUGACCUUGUCAGUUCCGACAGCCAUUCAGACUCCUUCAGCGCCUUCCAGUACGAUGGCCAAAAAUUUGAAAAUUUCAGCUUUGGCCCUGAAGGUGGCACAAUAACUUCUGCAGAGUCUGAUGCAGGUUCAGGACUUCAGCAGAGUGCUGAAGAACAGGAAGUUGCUAGUCUAACUACACUCCAUAUUGAUUCUGAGACCAGCAGUCUUAAUCAACAACCACUAUCUGCUGAUGCAGCAACUAUUACAGGUUCUGAAAGUGCAUCACCAAUCCAGUCUGCUCUUGGAUCACGGUCGCAGACACCAUCACCUGCCACUCUGAGUGCAGAUCACAACGAACAGAAAGAUCUACAGCUGGAUGAGAAGCUCCACCACUCUGUUUUACAGACACCAGAUGACCUAGAAACUAGUGAUUUUCCAUCUGAAUGCUGCAGUGUGAUGGCAGGAGGAACAGUCACUGGAUGGCAUGCAGAUGUAGCUACUGUAAUGUGGAGACGAAUGUUAGGAAUUUUAGGAGAUGUCAAUUCCAUUAUGGACCCUGAAAUACAUGCUCAAGUUUUUGAUUACCUUUGUGAACUCUGGCAAAAUCUUGCUAAGAUUAGAGACAAUCUUGGCAUUUCAGCUGAUAACAUGACAUCACCUUCUCCACCAGUUCUAAUUCCUCCAUUGCGAAUUCUGACUCCAUGGCUAUUCAAGGCAACCAUGUUGACUGAUAAGUACAAACAAGGCAAGUUACAUGCUUAUAAACUCAUAUGUAAUACAAUGAAGCGGAGACAAGACGUUUCUCCAAACAGGGACUUUUUAACUCAUUUCUACAAUAUAAUGCACUGUGGACUACUUCAUGUUGAUCAGGAUAUCGUCAAUACAAUCAUCAAGCACUGUUCUCCUCAGUUUUUUUCACUUGGUUUACCUGGUGCCACCACGCUGAUCAUGGACUUCAUUGUCGCAGCUGGUAGAGUGGCAGCAUCCUCUUUUCUCAAUGCACCAAGAGUAGAAGCACAAGUUCUCUUAGGCUCUCUGGUUUGCUUUCCCAAUUUAUAUUGUGAACUCCCAGCUCUACACCCAAGCACUCCUGACAUAGUUGUGUCUCCGUUUACAGAUGUUAAGGAACUGAUCAUCAAAACGGUAUUAAGUUCUGCCAGAGAGGAGCCAUCUGGACCGGCAAGAUGUGUUGCUCUUUGUAGCCUUGGCAUAUGGAUAUGUGAGGAACUGGUGCAUGAAUCUCAUCAUCCUCAGAUCAAGGAAGCUCUGAAUGUGAUCUGUGCAUCAUUAAAAUUUCCAAAUAAAACGGUUGCACAUGUUGCUUGCAAUAUGCUUAAUAUGCUGAUUCAUUAUGUACAGAGGCUACAAAUGUACCAAGCAGAUUCACCAUUAAAAAUUAUUCAGAUCCUGAUAGCAACCAUCACUCAUCUCUUGCCCAGUACAGAAGCUUCUUCUUAUGAACAGGACAAGAGGCUGGUGGUCUCUCUACUUCUCUGUCUGUUGGACUGGAUAAUGGCAUUGCCUUUAAAGACACUGUUGCAACCUGUUCACACUUCAGGAUCUGAAAAUGAUAAAAUGGAAAAAUCUGUUCUCAAUUGCAUAUAUAAGGUCCUCCAUGGGUGUGUUUAUGGAUCUCAGUGCUUCAGCAACCCCAAAUAUUUUCCUGUGAGCCUAUCUGAUUUGGCAUCUUCUGAUUAUGAUCCUUUUAUGCAUUUGGAAAGUUUGAAGGAGCCAGAGCCAUUACAUUCUCCAGAUUCAGAACGGUCUUCAAAACUCCAGCCAGUCACAGAAGUAAAAUCUCAUAUGCAACAAGGACUGAUCUCUGUGGCAGCUCGCACUGUGAUCACUCAUUUGGUAAACCAUUUAGGCCAUUAUCCCAUGAGUGGAGGACCUGCUAUGCUCACGAGUCAAGUGUGUGAAAACAACGACAAUCCUUACAGUGAAAGCCUUGAACUUUCUCCUGAGCUCUUUGAGAAUCCCAACCUGCAGUUCUUUGUGUUAAACAGAACAACUUUAGUUUCCUGUAUACAAAUCCGAGCAGAAGAAAACAUGCCUGGAGGCGGUUUGUCUGCUGGGCUUGCAUCAGCUAAUUCAAAUGUUAGAAUUAUAGUGCGUGAUCUCUCUGGCAAAUAUUCCUGGGAUUCUGCCAUUCUGUAUGGACCUCCACCUCUUUGUGGUUUAUCUGAACCAACUUCUUUUGUCCUCUCACUACCCCAUCAAGAGAAUCCAGAAGAUGUGUCAGAACCUACUGUGUAUGUAGAAGAAGUAUGCGUAAAGGAUGGAAUUGCACUCCAGGUAAAAAAAAGAUGUAGAGAGACUGUACCAACAUGGGACACAAUUAGGGACGAAGAGGAUGUCCUUGAUGAGCUCUUGCAAUAUGUAGGAAUCACUAGCCCGGAGUGCUUACAGAGGACAGGUGUAUCGCUCAAUGUUCCUGCCCUUCAACCUCUGUGUGUUUCAGAGAAGCAGGAACAUGAUGUAAUUAAUGCAAUCCUUAAGCAACAUACGGAAGAGAGAGAUUUUGUUGAAAAGCACUUCAAUGACUUAAAUAUGAAGGCUAUGGAGCAGGAUGAGCCAACUCCACAGAAGCCCUCUUCAUCAUUUUACUAUUGCAGAUUGCUUCUUAGUAUUCUGGGAAUGAAUUCUUGGGAUAAAAGGAGAAGCUUUCAUCUUCUGAAAAAAAAUGAAAAGCUGCUUCGAGAACUUAGAAAUUUGGAUUCAAGACAAUGUCCUGUGUCUUACAGCCGAGAGACGCACAAAAUUGCAGUAUUUUAUGUUGCUGAGGGACAAGAGGAUAAACACUCCAUCCUUACUAAUACUGGAGGAAGCCAAGCCUAUGAGGAUUUUGUAGCAGGCCUUGGUUGGGAGGUGAACCUCACAAACCAUUGUGGUUUUAUGGGAGGGUUGCAAAAAAACAAAAGCACUGGAUUGACCACUCCAUAUUUUGCUACCUCUACUGUAGAAGUAAUGUUUCAUGUAUCAACUAGAAUGCCUUCUGAUUCAGAUGACUCCUUAACAAAAAAGCUAAGACAUUUAGGAAAUGAUGAAGUUCACAUUGUCUGGUCAGAACAUACGCGAGAUUACAGAAGAGGAAUAAUUCCUACUGAGUUCGGAGAUGUGCUCAUUGUUAUAUAUCCAAUGAAGAAUUAUAUGUUCAGUAUCCAGAUUAUGAAAAAACCAGAAGUCCCAUUCUUUGGUCCAUUGUUUGAUGGUGCUAUUGUGAAUGGAAAAAUUCUUCCUAUUAUGGUUCGUGCAACAGCUAUAAACGCAAGCAGAGCACUGAAGUCACUCAUUCCAUUAUACCAAAACUUCUACGAGGAAAGAGCACGAUAUCUGCAAACAAUUGUCCAGCACCAUCUUGAUCCUUCAACUUUUGAGGACUAUGCAGCUCAGGUUUUCUGUCCAGCACCUUGCCACCAUUUGCCCUCUGAAACCGAUCAUUAAAUAUCAGUUCUGUUUAUCAGAAGGUAAGACAAAGUGUCCACACAAAAAAAACCCUCUGUUCUUAUUAAUCUUUUACUAAAGCUCUAAGCUUGUAACCACGUUGUUUGCAAACUUUCCUGAUUGCCCUUAUUUUCUACCAUUAAAAGAAAGAGAAAUUCACACUGAUUGAGAAAUUCCCACUACAUUUUUCCCCCAAGUUUUAGCCUUUACUAACCCCAGGUCUGCAUGAAACACUAACACUGUGGUUCUGGGAUUAAGGUAACUAAUGGGAGAGACAUCUGUUGAGCUAGUAACACUCGAUUGUGUCUGACCUUUUGUUUCUCAGCAUGAACAAAUAGUACUGGAUGACAGUGGUGUGCCUUGUACCCUGUACUGCUUUUCUUUGAUGUUAGCACAUACUUUUAGAAUUCAAUAUAACAGAGAAAGGAAAGGGAGAAAUAACUGUUGCUGACAAACUGUUACGCUGUCUUGAAGUAGAAAUUAGAAUAUUACCACUGAUAUUACUCACCUACUUGCAAUAGAGACAAAAACUCAGAGCAGUUUUCUUCAGAAAAAAUAGAUUGAAAUCUAAUGACACCAAUAGAAGAGGAUUGAUGAAGCUAUAUUUGGACUUGCACAUAUGAUUUAGAGGAAAUAAAUAAAUAAAUAUGUUUUGGCUCCAAAUCCAUAUGUUUUUACUUCCUUCCAGUGCUGAUCAUUUUUACCUGAAUGUGAACAGGAAAGGAAAUAGAAACAGAGGAGCACAAUAAAAUGAAUGCCUGAGUGAAAAGCAACAACAGCAUUCAUGAAUAAAAAUAAAAUUAAGGCAGUAGUUAAAAAUACAAAAGUCAUGCAAAAAGGUCCUAAUGGUAAUUUUUAAUAUCUUAUUUUGUCUUAAUUAAAUCCACCAAUUGAUUUUAAACAGGCAAAAUUGCAUAUCUGUGUUUUAGCGAUUGCAAAGGCUUCUGACCAAGUGGUAUGUAGCACUUCUACUGCAGAGCUAAUUUUAUGGUACCUGCUUCUUUGUGUAUAAGAGACAGAAAUAUGUUUUCAUAAGCUUUUGCCUUCCUCCAUUAGUGAAUAGAGUACCUCACAAUUUAUGCUCAGGUGCAUAUUUUCUGAGAUGGAUUGAAAUAGCUUCUCAGUAAGAUCAGUUGUAAAGUGCUGAGUUGGAGAGAUGAAUGAGUGAUCCUCUCUCUAUCUCCUCUUCUGAAUUCGAGAGGCACUUUUAAAAAACUAUUUUUAAAAACAUUUUAACAGCUGUCUGAUAAGUAAUAAUGAUGGCUGUUGUUAAAAAUGCAUUAAAAUGACAUUGCCAUCCUGUUUUUUAAAUCUUAAUGUUACAGUGGCUUUUGCUUGUUUGGUUGGUUGUUUUUUUAUAUGGGAGAAAUACCUGGAAGCUGCCAUCUGUAGCUAAAUAUUGGUAUUCGAAGAGCAUGGAGUACUUACACUGAGUCAGCUCAGUGACCAUCGUGUCCAGUAUUAUUUGGCGGCAACUGUAAAGGCCUCAAGUAGUCUCUCCAUUCUUGUUACCUAAUAUCCAUUAACCAGAGAUGCCAGGAAUUGAAUGUGGAGCCUUCUAGAUGCAAAGAAUUUGUGGAUUCAGUUUCAUUCUUUUGUGUUGACAUGUCAGGGUAAUAAGGCUAAAAUUCUUCUGGAGGUAGUAUGGUUUUUAUAUGUAUGAGAAAUAUUCUGUCAGAUAGUACAUCUCUCCAUGAACAGGGAAGUUGGAAAAAGAAUGUAAUGUAGAUCAUAGUCCUAAUAAAUUUUAGGUUCUUGACUAUUGAAGGGCUUUCUUAUUUUUUAAAUAUUUUUCAUCAUCUUUCCAUUUGCCUGCCUUUAUGUAAUAUGCCCAAUUAUUUUGGAGACCAUAUAAAUGAGACCUAAUAGGAAAUAUGCCAGUCUCCCACUGGAGGGAUCUCCAAACACUUCUUCCCCCCAGACAUAUAGGUGCCCAAAGUUUGUCUCAUCAUAUUAGAAAUACAAGUGUCAAUUGGGGUGAUAAACCUGUGCAAAACAGUCAGAUGUAUUACAGCCUGGUAUGACCGUGUAACUAUUUCAGAUAUACUAAACGAAAGGUGUAAAUUACUUAAAUAAAUUACUGAAACAAAGGAAGGCAAAUAUUUAAGAACUAUGCUGGUCAAAUAUUGAGGUAUCAGCAGUGGGGGGAAACUGUGACUCAGAAAUCAUAAGAGGUUGAAAUUGGUUUAAUGAUAGAUUCAUGGUUAAACAUCUUGGGCAGAUUAUUAAUCAGCUGCUGGGACAGAUUUUAUCAUAUAAAAUACUUUUUUAAAAAAAUACGAUGGAUGGCCAGAACUAUUCUCCUCAGAAAAUAAAAGGUUAAAAAAUGCAACCCUAAAAGAUUUAACAACGUAGUCCUGUUCAAAGAUAAAUCUCACUGUGAAUUCAAUAGGGUUUACUCUUAGGUAAGUGUGUAUGGGAUUGCAGCUUAAUUAAAUCUAUCGGUUGUAAUAAACCGAGACGACAUUAUUCCUUCUAAAUUACUUUUGGAGUAUGCUAAGUGAUGAGCUCCCAUUCUGGCAAAAUUACUUGCAUGCAUAGAUAAUUUUGUAAGAUUCCCCAGAAAAUGAGGUGCAAACAUAAUUGUAAACAUAUUUUCAAAGAGCAACAAAAAUAACCUCAGGAAUUAUCACUUCAUAAUAGUUCUAAGUAUUUCUUCUAAAUUGUAUGCAGAUAAUUGUUGAACAAACUGAAAGAUUGAGCUGCAACCAAUGAAAUUAUAGGAGGGAGUGCAGGCUGACUUUAUCAAGGGAAACAUCACUUUCCCUUCGUUAGUAAAUAUGCACAAAAUCCAAGAGGCAUUUGUAUGCCUUUUUUUUUAAGAUGGAGCUGCAACUUUCAGUACAAUUAAUUGUAAUUAACUGUGGUUAUAAACUGUGGACUGCCAGCCUGCACACAUUGCUGACACAUUUACAAAGGUUAGAGUAGGAACUGCUGAUGAGUUCCUGUCACCAGGGAGGAUGAGACAAUGUGUUUACUGGCACUAUAUUUAUUUAACUAUUAUGUUAACAAAUGGAUAAGAAUAAGGAUUCUGAACACCAGUCAUCAGUCUGUUGGUGAACCCAGUUGGGUGGGUGGGGUAUAAGUAGUACAUCAUCAUCAUCAUCAUUAAAAUGUUGACUUCUGUAUGUGAUGAUAUGGUCUUCUUAUCUAUCACAUAAAUUGAAUUCAAGCAAUUUGAAUUCAAGCAACUGUUUGUAAAAUAGUAUUUAAAAGUGAAUUAACAAACUGUAUUUUGUGACCUGUCCUCCUCAACCCAUCUAGUUUCUUAUACAACACUGAACAAGUUAACUAUUUCAUGUAUUUGAGGGUUUGGGUUUAUACAUACAUACAUACAUACAUACAUACAUACAUACAUACAUACAUACAUACAUACAAGUACCACCUAGCUGAAACUAAAAGCUGUUAGACAUCCAACACAAUACUGAAUGUUUUCUGAUAUACGGUGACAGUUAAUUCUAUCCAUUCACAAGUAUGGUGCUGGAGGAGACUCUUGAGAGUCCCAUGGACUGCAAGAAGAUCAAACCUAUACAUUCUGAAGGAAAUCAGCCCUGAGUGCUCACUGGAAGGACAGAUCCUGAAGCUGAGGCUCCAAUACUUUGGCCACCUCAUGAGAAGAGAAGACUCCCUGGAAAAGACCCUGAUGUGGGAGGCAGUGGAAGACAGGAGUGCCUGGCAUGCUAUGGUCCAUGGGAUCACGAAGAGUCGGACACGACUAAACGACUAAACAUCAUCAUCAACAACAACAAUUCACAAGUAGAACAGACUUCCACUUGCACAGUAGGACUGCAGGCCCCUGCGUAGCCCCCAAAAUCUGCUCUGGGUGGUUGGGAGGUGUGAGGGGCUGCAGUGGAAGGAGGAAGAGGAAGUCCCAUUACUAUCACUCAUAAGUGUGAUUGUUCAAGCAUGUCCGAAGCAAGAAGCAACUAAGUAAGGAAUUGGCAACCACUUAGUAUUACAUGGUGAUAAGAAAAGUGUUAUCAGAGCAGAGGUCCAUAAAGCUCAGCCUGUUCUCGUGUAAUUGGUCACUCAGAUGUUCGUAAAUAGGGCAGGUUCCCCCAGUCCCUGGCAUCAGAGAUGUACAGAAUAUAUUUCUGGUUAUCGUGGUUCAAGGUCACUCUUUAAAAGUCAUUUAUGCAGUGCUUUUUAGGUGGUACUCAAUGGUACAUAGUAUUGGCACCUCCUUUGUUGUUGUUAAAAAGUGCAGUACUUACUGACACAACUUCAUGAUGCGUACAGUCACCUAUUUUUCUAGAGAGAGAGAAAGCACUGCAUUUAUGCCAUGUCCCCAGCAAUAUUUAAUCUAUGCAAUCUGAGAGACAUUUCAUUUUGAAACCUGCUCACAUUCAAGUUUGUGUCUUAAAUUUUAUUUGUGUGUAUGGUGUGGGGAACAGGUGUUUUCUGCCACAAGAAAUGAUGAACUAAUGGCAUGCAUCUGCAGACAGUUACGUGAACUCCAGUGCGAAAUUGCAUGUAUGCAUGUCAAAUGCAAAAGUUACACAUGAAGUUCCUCUCAGUGAUGUUGAUUUUCUGUAACAUUUGCUAAGCAAUCCUCCUCCACAGUACUUGUUAUAAUCUUUAUCAUGGCCACUUAGCUGUCAUACUUUCCCCUUAUCUAAACAGCUCUGCUUGUGUAAAUGCAUGCAUAAACUGAGCAGAGUGGUUUCUGCCUCCCUGUGGCUGGAUCCAGAGCCAUUCCAGUAAUUUGAAUGACAUAAUGACAGAGGCAUCAUAAUGGCAUGGGUGCCCAUGUAAUCCUGGCUACUCUGCACUAUUUAUUUCAGAUGUUUUAAGAGCACUGUUCAAUUCAGGCAUGGUUGAGCUGCAACCACACCACUUGAGUGAUUUACAAAUUGCACCAAAGUAUAUCUUUAUUAAGUAAAAGAACCUAUCCUCCUUUGUAUUUCAGUUCCUUUUUAUAUCUUUCCUAGCUCUGGUCUGUAUUGUUUAUAACAUUCUAAAUGUUGAUAUACUGAAACCUCACAUACUUUCUUUUCUAUUCUUAUCCCUUUUGUAAUUAGAGCUCAGGAGUGUUCCGAUAGUGGAUUUUAUCACCUCCUUGUAAGAUGGGUGGAAUGCAAAUAUAAUAGUUUACUCCCCUACUUGUUUAAAACUGAAGGCUAGCAGGUGAUCUAAAUAUAUAUAUUUGUCAACUUCCAUAUUAAUCACUACUGCACUUUUAAGCUCUAGUUCUGCAUUUUCAUCAAUUGAAGGUUUGUUUGUAUUUAUGUUCAUUAGUAUUGACGUUAGUAUCACCUGCUUUGGGAUUAAAGUGAACAUUCAUUACAUGAGAGAAACCAAAAAUGCCUUACACGUGAAACAAAAAUUAUGAAGGAAAAAAGAAACCCAGUAUUAAUCUACUCACCAAUUGCUAUCAAACAAAAUUCAGAUACAGUAAGGCUGCAAUCCUGUGCACACUUAUAUUGAAGUAAAUCCCACUGAACACUGUAGGAAUUUCUUCCAAGUACACUUACCUAGAAUUGUGCUGCAUGUACAUGUCAGACUUACCUGGCUCCUAUUUUCACUAAAGCUAAAUGCAUUAUCAUUUAUUUCCAGUUACUUGCCAAGUUAAAGAAAUUAUUCUGUGUCCAGAAACCAUACUAAGUAUUUCUUUAGCAUCUGUAUUUCUUUUGCAAGUUGGUGAAUUUGUUCAGUGGAGUUUUGCUCAGUGGAAUAUGCUUUAGCACUACGGAAAGAAUUUUAGGAAGAACUUCAUUUCUUUUUCAUGGGAAACCGGCUAGCUAGGAGAAGCCAACUGUUGCCAUGUAGUAUUUUAUCCCAGAUAAUUUUAGUAGAGAUGUGUAAAUGAUUCACAAAUGGAAAGAAAUGUUUGUGCCCUUAUGGUUGUGUUAUUUAUAGCAAUGAGCCUGCUGAAUCAGAACUAUUUUUAUCGAACUAUUUUUUUUCUUUUCUUUUUUUUCCUUUUCCUUUUUUCUUCUUCUUUUGUAACCUGUAGUCGGUGAGUAUUCUUCCUGAUUGUUGAGGUUCAUUUUUUGCAUACUAAUGCAUCCCUCUUUAACCUUUAGCAUGCACCGUUAGGACAUAACAAAUUCUAACUUUCUCCUUUCUGUACUCAUCUGUAAAUGCCCUCCAACCUCUGCUGUCCGUGUCUCCCGUCUCACACCUGUUAUCUUUUUAUCUUUCCCCCCCUUUUCCUCACUUCUGUCCACCUCUCCUUCAUCACUUCUUCAUUCUCAACAAAGAAAGAAAUGGUGUGAUAUUUCUUCUCCUUCCCAAACCACCACUAGAAAGCAUUGGCCACUUCAAGGUAAAGGGCAAAGGCUUGAAACGGAAGGUCUUUCACGCUAGCUGUGAAUGGUAUGCUAUGCAGAGCAUCAGCAAUUAUUUUUUACGCUCUACCUCAUCAUUUGAAAUGCUUUGAUUCCUUGUAAAACUAGAACAAGAUAGAAUUUAUUAACAUGGGGUGUGUGUGUUAAAAAAACAGCCUUUCCCUAUAGGGAAGAGGACUUUUUUGCUUAGGGUUUUUUGUUUUUUGGAAGGUGCAAUAAAUUUUAUACUCUUACGGUUAGCAGAAUGUUUGGAGCUGCUAUACCUGGAUCAUAAAAAGAAACACACACAUUUGGAGAGCAAAAAACAGAGGUUUUGUCAGUUUCAGAAAGUGUUUGGCCAAAGCAGACGCAAUAGCAUUUGAGUUAUUAGAUCAGGCUUAUGGCAGUGUGCUUUAAAAGCAGUGUUAGACUUCUGACCCAGCCAUGAUGGUUUGCAGUAACCUCUUUAGGAAAUUUAGCUGAAUGAAAGCAAGAAAUGUGUCCUGAGAUUUAUCUGCCUUCAGCAGGAACUCGGACAUGAAUGUUGUUGUUCUAACUUUGGAGAUAGUGAAAACAUUUUCUUAAAAGUGGUUUUCUGUAUCAAAGCAUUUUUCACAAAGUAGUAGUAAUACUAAAAUACUCAGGUUAUUUUUAAAGUGGUAAUUUUAUCCAAAUGCUUCAGAAGCAUUCAUAAUGUUAUAGGAUCCAAACAUGUCACACAUGGAACACCCCAGGGAUUUUUCAGAGGGGGGCCUUCCCACUGCAGCCCUUCAUGACUCUGAAACUAUGCCUCUUGAAGGUUAGGAAGCACCUCAAAGGAAGAUUUGACGCAAUAGGUCGGGAGUUGGCUGCAAGGGGAUGGUUGGCCAUUUAUUUCCUUGUGAAUGGGACUUUCCACUUGCACAUAGGGUUCUUUGAAUUCUGACCUAUGUGUAAAUUUUAAUAAACUGUUCUUGAGCGAAAAAUACCGUUCCUGAUGAAGAUGUCGUGGAUAUGUCCUUCGAGGAAAAUAUUUAAUUUUAAAUACUAUAAUAAAUUACUUACUAAUUUACUAACUCAAUUACUUGGGAAUCCUGUUGAAAUUGUUGUAAACUUUGGCCCGGUAGGACUUCUGUACUGCCAUUGGCUAUGAAUCUGAUGUUGUGUGUGUAAAGUCCCUUAAAAGCAAUUGGCUUCUGGUGGAAUCCAGUUGGUGCUGUUGUGAUCAUAGAAGCACUUUACUUCCAGCAGAUGCCUAUGUUAAUAGAAGAGGGUAGGCUAUUUUUGCCGAUUCCCACUCCCUUCUGCAUCCCUCAGCGCUCCCUGAAAAUCAGCUCCAGAGGAGGGGGGGGGGAAGAGAGAGAGCUGCAGAGCAGAGUGAGAGCUGAUGCAAGUGGAAUCAGCCAAAAUUGCUUCCCCUCUUUCAUUAGUGGACAUCCGCUAGAACAAAAGCUUUUCUCUGAGGGCAAGGGGACAAACUGUAUGUCCAAAUACAUGCAUAGUACUAAAAUAAGGUUGGACUUUUUUGUUUUCAUUUAUAAUAGGGAACCAGUGGAAUGUAUGUAGCUCCUAAAAUAUAGCUAAAGGGGUCUAAAUGUAGGGCUGGAAUUGACAGUGUAUAUUUGAUAGGCAACAAGUAUCUGAUCAUAUAUAUAUAUAAUCACACACAGAGAGAGAGAGAAUACAAGAAUUCAUUUUCCACAGCUUCAUUCAUUAGGUAGAUUUAAGAAAGAAUUGUCUUUCCUUUCUGGCAGCUGAAGGCUGAACACGGAGCAUGCUUAGGGGAAAAACACUGACCUGUUUUGCAUCUCUCAUAGAAGUCUGGACACUGCAAUAAAUCUUAUCAACCUAACUCCUUUGCUGCUGUUCCUGCAACUUAUUUGGGGGGGGGGGCUAUCUGUGGGAAGGCUUUGUCUCAGAUUCAUCUUGUUCCUUUUACAAAGAUACCGAACCAUGCAGUGCAUCCAGCUAGCAUGAUCUAUUCACGCUUCUGCCCUGUUGAAUCCUGUAGGAAUUCAUGUGAUGAGGGUGUUAAGUAGAAAAUGGGUCCCAACCUCAGUCCUGUAUAGCAUCUCCCCAGCCUCUUGCUUUGUUCUGACCUUCCUUCAGAGCUUAGUUAGAUUUCCCAUCAGCCUUCCACUCACAUAGAGUGGAAUGGGUUUGUUAAUGAUUGUAGCAGUUGAGCUAGUAUGGUUUCUUCUAUGUCUAAAGAAGGGGCAAGUAUUUGUUGGGGACUUGCUCUUUCGUAACCACCAGCAGAUUGUUCUCAUACAUGGGGUUCGUCUUGUUUCCCAUAGGCUCCUACCCAGAGACUCAGGCGUCCGAAGCUCCAACAGCAGCGCAGAUGGACGGGCCCGAUCUAGCCUUCCCCAUUUCUCCCCGGACUAGCAAGAGCCGCAUGUCGAUGAAACUACGGCGCUCCUCUGGCUCAGCCAACA